UUGACGCUAGGUGCCUGGUGCCGGUGAGAGCAGCCACCGGGAGUCCUGAAACAACCUUUUUUAAAAAAAUUUUUAGGUUUUUUAACAGAUUUAUUCACCGUCAAUGAGUGAAACAUACAUGUUUUCUGGGUUGGGACUGACACACGGUGUUUAGGAUGACAGUCCUGAACCUGUCCUUUGCUGCAUGUGGCUUCCUGGGGAUCUACCACCUGGGUGCUAUGGGGGCCUUCCUCCGCCACGGGGACAAGCUGCUGGGCUCCCUCAGGGCCUGUGCAGGGGCCUCUGCUGGUGCCUUGGUGGCUGCUGUAAUGAUCACAGCUCCUGACAAGUUAGAGCACUGUAAAGAGUUCACCUACAAGUUUGCUGACAGUGUGAGACGACAGCGGUUUGGCGCUGUCACACCAGGAUACGAUUUCAUGCUCACGCUCCGGGAGGGGAUGGAGGAGAUUCUGCCCAGAGAGGCUCACAGGCUGGCCACUGACCGCCUCCACGUCUCAAUAACACACUGCCAAAGUGGCAAGAACCACAUCGUAUCCAGGUUUACCUCCAGGGAGGAGCUCAUAAAGGCUCUACUAGCCAGCAGCUUUGUGCCUGUCUAUUCUGGACUCAAACCAGUGGAAUACAAGGGACAGAAAUGGAUUGAUGGAGGGUUCACUGACAGUCUGCCCAUUCUACCCGAAGGACGAACCGUCACCGUGUCUCCUUUUGCUGGACUGCAAGAUGUGUGUCCCAUCCACAGGGGGAGCUUCAGGACUCAACUCACACUGGCAAACAUGAACAUAAUGUUCUCCAUGAAGAACAUCAAACGUCUGAACCAGGCUCUGUUCCCUCCAUCCACCAGCAUCAUGCACUCUUUCUGUGAAGAAGGUUUCGCUGACGCUGUAAGAUUCCUGAAGAAAGAGGCCUGGAUGAGCUGACAUCCCCUCAUGGAAAGAACCGACACCAUCAUGAAGCAAAGUGUCUACUGUUCAAAGCCCGAGUGGAUAUUUAUAAAGCCAAGCAUGAAAGAUGCAGUGUGUCAUUGUGAGCUUCAGUCAGAUAAGCUUUAUCACAUCCACAUUCUGGAUCUUUUCUUCGAAAUGACAGCAACUGAACAUGAUGAAAGGCCCUCAUGUGAACAUGGACUCGACAUCAAUUUUCCACGGAGGCAUUUAAUUCCCCCCAUCUGGAAGCAGUGAGGAAAAAAAAAUAUUGGAUAUCCAUUACCCACUUCACAGGAAGUCCAUGCUGCCGUCAUGGGUGUUGGAGGCUCCCUCAGGAACCCAAGGAUGGAGCAUCGUCUUUGAUGUGCCGUAUGUUUCCGCCGGGCUCCUCCGCUGCCGGGCUACCGUUUGAUUUCCUCCAGCGUCUGGAGACGUGAGCAGGUUUUCCAUCAGCUUUCAGCCGGUUGAACUGCUGUGUGAGAGCAGCUCCUCCCUCAAGACACGUUCUGUGGAGACGUCCAAACGGCUGCCUCACUGAGGAGAACUUCACCUGGAGGGGGUUUGGUAGCACACAGGCAGAUAACACGCAGUUAAGCUUGAAACUAUUCAUACUAAAUGUCACAUUUUGAUUUGUAGGGAUUUUUUUUUUGUCUGCUCAAUAGAGUUCUUUUGACUAGAUGUGACAUAAUUGCAAGAAAAAAAAGACAAGGAGACAUUGUUCUAAAGAUGUUAAUGAUACCUUUUUAACUAUUUCUGUGUAUUUUUAUUUUUUAUUUUUACUAGGCUGAGUCGUGUUUUACUGGUUUUAAAUUUCUAACAACAACCUCCGACAGCAAAUUGCAAAAACUGAAAAUGGCAAGUUUUGCUCAAGUUCUGGAUCGUGCAGUAAGGCAGGCCUGCUUGGUUCUUUCAGUGAAUGAUGUUGUGGAAGUUCAGUGAUGUCGAGAGGAUGAGGAGGCAGAAACAGAGAGACACACUGGAGACUCAGAGGACUUAAGUUGUGAGUGAUGUCUGCUGCUAUCAGAAGUGACACCGACAGAGCAGCCGUACAUGCGAGCAACACCAACAUCAGUUGUGAGGAUUCUCCUGAUCUUUGGGCAGAGGUGGGUACAGUAGCCAAAAAUUGUACUCAAGUAAGAGUAACUUCAAAAUAAUAUCACUCAAGUAGAAGUAAAAAGUUGUCAUCCAAAAAACUGCUCAAGUAAGAGUAAAAAAGUACUUGGUCAAAAGACUCCUCAAGUACUGAAUAAUUGUUUGAUUGUAAUGUCCGAUUUAUUUUUUAGAAAUUAUGUCAUCAGACAGACAAAAAUGUAACAUAAUGUGCAAAUUCUGGUAUUUCCAAAUAAUAAAAUAAAAAAUAGCAAAAAUAAAUAACAUCUUUACAAAAUGACAAGUUAAGGCACAAGAAACACAAAUUUCCAAAUCUCAGUUUUUCACAACAUAAAGCUUUUGAAAGAAAUACCUGUAGUAAGGUAACAUUUUUAUGCUUGAACAGUGCAAACUACUUCCAGUGACAAGAUAUACAGCAUCUCAUAGACUGUAUGUACAUGCUGUAACCCCCCACCCCACCCCCUGCUGUAUCAUCGCGGGGUUACCAAGCGUGACGUCACGCUUCACUUCGUCCGUGUUAGUAAACAGAAGACAAAAGCCGGAGAUAUCCAUGCUAAUGCUAUGCUAAUGUUGUUGAACUCCGAAGCAAGAUCAUACGUCUGCCCCCGUUUUUUUCAUUCCUUGUCUGCUACAUGUGUAGAGUUUGUGCCGCUAUGCCGCUACAGUUCGUAUGUGGUCAUGUGACUGCAGGGCGACGUCUGGUAAAACGGAGUCACGUGAUUAUUGUUGCUUUGUCUGAUUGGUGAAACACAGUCAUGUGGUAGAUCCACUGGGGGCAUCUCUCCGGUAAAAUAAAGCAGAUCUAAUGUAGUAAAUAAAAAAAGUAACGAGUUGAGUGUAGACCAGGAGUAAGAGCAGCGUUUCUUCUUCACAAAUCUACUCAAGUAACAGUAAAAAGUAUGGCAGAGUAAAACUACUCUCAGAAGUACAUUUUUUUUUCAAAAAGUUACUCAAAUGUAACAAAGUAAAUGUAACUCGUUACUACCCACCUCUGUCUUGACCUUAGAAAGGUUGAAGAGUAAUUUUUCCUUCACAAAUGGCUGUAAAGACCUACAAACAGUUGUUGUGUGUUUGGCUACUAAUUAUGGAAAAAGCUUAACUUUCCAAGCAUGGCCGAUUUUCUGCAGUGACCUAACAAAGGUUUUUGUUUUGUUUUGAUGUUUUCUUGAGCAGGGAAUUAUCCAUUGUAAUGUGAAAGUACAUAAAACUGUUCAACCUAAACCAGUUUCCACUUCAUCACAUCCUUGGCUCAUCGCUAUCCAAGACAGCUGUGAUUGGUUUAAACAAACACAAACGAGUUUUAAAGAGAUUUCUCCCAAUCUGGAACUCCUUCACUGACACUUGGACGAGACUUUAUCAACUUUUCCUGCCUGGAGAACAGCUAGUGACAACUCCAUCUUAGGGAUGGACCCUUGACAGCUCACUGGGUUCUCUGGUUUUAGCCACGUCUUGCAGCUGACUGGAGAACUACUAAAUCAGCUGUUCUCAGUUUUAUAGUGAAAUAUAAUGUUCAGUUUCAUAAUUUUGGACACAUCAUUUUUUGUUGAAACGUAAACGUGUUCAUGUCAUGUCAAGUCCAGCUAGAAGAAACCCACUGGUGAAAUAGUAAUACAUUAUAAAUUAAAAUUUGGCAUCACAUGAAUGAUUUUGUUCUUAUAUGAACAGUAGUAAGUUGUAUUAGACGUGUUUCUAAUACUUGAAGUUACUUUUAAUUAAAAUACUUUUUGCAGUUUAUGAAAUACAAAGUGGCAGAUGGAAAGUCCUGUCCAAUGGUUGUGGUUUGAUGAAUGAGCCCUGUCUGUCUUGGAGCAUCUUAAAAACCAAAAACUAUCACCUUUAUAUCCUUUUUAAAGUCUGUUGUUUUUUCGUUUUGUUCAGUGUUUCAAAAAAGGAGUGAUGUAAAAUACAAAAUGAGAAAAUAAAACCGACUAUUUCAACA